AUGACCUCCAGUAAAGACAUGAAGGCAGGUUCUGUGUUGCAGUCCAGCGGCGAGGAGAGGAGACGGGCUCCCUUAGACCAGCUGCCGCCACCGGCCAACUCCAACAAGCCUUUGACGCCGUUCAGUAUUGAGGAUAUCCUUAACAAGCCCUCGGUAAAGAAGUCUGUGGCCAGUAUCUGCCCGCCGAGAGUGCUGGAGAAAGUGACGGGCUCCAACUCUGCGAGGAACGGGAUCACCACUCCCUCCUCGCCGCUGUGCGCGCUGGAGGAGCUCGCCAGUAAAACGUUUAAGGGUCUGGAAGUCAGCGUUAUCCAGGCAGCAGAAGGUCGCGAGCAUGUCAACGCUUUUGGGCAGAGGCAGACGUCUAAAAAGAGGAGAAAGUCGCGGACAGCCUUCACAAACCACCAGAUUUACGAGCUGGAGAAGAGGUUUUUGUACCAGAAGUACCUCUCUCCGGCUGAUCGCGACCAGAUCGCGCAGCAGCUGGGGCUCUCCAACGCGCAGGUGAUCACCUGGUUCCAGAACCGCAGGGCCAAACUCAAGCGGGACCUGGAGGAGAUGAAAGCCGACGUGGAGUCGCUAAAGAAAAUCAACCCACAGACCCUGCAGAAGCUCGUCAGCAUGGACAACAUUGAGGAGUCUGGUGGGGGCCCCGAGGCCAGGUCACCCAGUAUCUCCCCGACCUCCCAAGGACACCGGGCCUUCCCACAGUCCCCCUCCUCAUCCAGAGACCAAACUACGGAUGAAUUCUCGGAGGACGACGAGGAAAUCGAGGUGGACGAUUGACAGUCAGAGGGCCUGUGAUUUUCAUAAGCAACAACAAAAAAUAUU